AUGGCUUUUACUUCUUCUUCUUCCACUGAACAAUUGAUAAAUUUAUCACAACAUAAUCAUAAUAAUAAUUCACAUAAUGAAAAUCGUAAUUUUCGAAUAAACUCAGUACUUGGAUUACCUAAUUUAUUAGGUUUACAAACAAAUAAUUUACCACUGCCUCAUUCCAUUCAUAAUUCACAUUUAGAUUUACAAUCUAAUUUGACCAUGGCCUCAACAACAAUCAAUCCAGCAGUUUCAAUUACAGGUUUUACUGAUCAGCAAAAUCAACAGUGCAUGAAGCUACCCAUACCAUCAUGGUUAACUAAUAGUGUUUGGGAUAAAAAACAUUAUACCGAUCUAAUAUCUAAUUUUAUAUCUUCACCGAAUUUCAAUGAUAAUUUAGCUGAAGCGAAUAAAAAUAAUCACAGUAUAUUUGAAUCAUCAUUUGACGAUACACAUGAAUGCGACCAAACACAUUCUCUUUUCAUUAAAUGUUCUUCAAACACUAUUGGAUCAACUGAAUCCAAUGUUUCAUCAAUUAUCGAUAGUAUAAAUAAUUCAACUGUAGUUUCAUCUACAGCAACAACAACAACAACCACAGUACAAAAUCAUUAUUCAACAUUGAAUUCCAAUAAUAAACAAACUAAUGAAACUAUUGAAGAUAAUCAAUUGACUAGUUGUAAUUUAGCUACAACAAUCAAUUCAACAUCUAAUUCCACAACAGUGACAUCUAUUUUAAAUGAUGUUCAUCAUAUGAAAAUGAAUUAUUCACAAUCAGUUAUAGCAAUGGCAGCAAUGGCAGCUGCAGCAUUGGCUACAAACAAUUUUAAAAUGUCAUCAACAUGUAAUUCAUUAGUCAAUGAAAUGAAUAUUGACAAUUGUAUAAAUAAUAAUAAUGAUAAUAAUAAUAAUAAUAAUAAUAAUAAUAUGAACAGUAAUCCACCAGAUAUUAAUUCAAUUAUGAAUGCUGUAGCAUCUGUUAUGGGAUCACAUUUAUUAUUUAAUGGUAGUAGUAACAAUGAUAACAAUAACAAUAUAAGUAGUAUAAACAAUCAUCCAAUCAAUAAUUGGAAAACAGACAUUUUACAAGUAAUCAAAGAUAAAGAACCAAAGAAAAACAGUAGUAAUACAUCACCAACAUCAUCAUCAUCAUCAUCUUCAGCAUCAUCGUCAUCAACAUUAACAUCAUUACUGCCAACUGAUUUAAAAUCAUCUCCAACUUCCCUAAUGAUACCAUCAAAUUAUGAUAGUCCAGUUAAUAUGGAUUCAUCAAAUUUCUUACUAUCAUCGUCAUCCUCAUCAUCACCACCUCCUUCAUCGUCAUUAACAGCAGCCGCAGCAGCAACACCAUCAUCAUCAUCAUCAGUGUCAGAAACAAAUGGAAUUAGACCAGAAGUUGAAUUAAUUGAUAAACCAUUAUGGGAUAAAUUUCAUUGUCAUGGUACUGAAAUGGUGAUUACUAAGAGUGGACGACGAAUGUUUCCACCAUUCAAAGUAAAAAUUACUGGUUUAGAAAAACGUGCAAAAUAUAUUGUUUUAAUGGAUAUUGUAGCGUUGGAUGAUUGUCGAUAUAAAUUUCAAAAUAAUUUAUGGACAAUUGCUGGUAAAGCUGAUCCAGAAAUGCCAAAACGUAUGUAUAUUCAUCCAGAUUCUCCAUCAACUGGUGAACAAUGGAUGCAAAAAAUUAUCUCUUUCCAUAAACUUAAAUUAACUAAUAAUAUUUCUGAUAAACAUGGUUAUACAAUAUUAAAUUCAAUGCAUAAAUAUCAACCAAGAUUUCAUUUAGUACGAGCUAAUGAUAUAUUAAGAUUACCAUAUUCAAAAUUUAAUACUUAUACAUUUAAAGAAACGCAAUUUUUAGCAGUUACUGCUUAUCAAAAUGAAAAAAUAACACAAUUGAAAAUUGAUAAUAAUCCAUUCGCUAAAGGAUUUCGUGAAUCUGGUGGAGGGAGACGAGAUAAAAAACGAUUAGAUGGUUUAAAAUAUCCUGAUCGAGCAAUCAUACGUAAUUGUGAUGAUAAGAAAACUAACAAUCAUCAUCAUCAUCAGAAUAACAAUCGUGAAAUUUAUGAAAGUCCAAAUAAUACAUCAUCUGACACAGAAAAUGAACAUGAAUUCAAUGAUAAUUUAGAUAGGAUGAUGCAUUUACCAGUAAAAUUUGAUAAAACUAAUGUAUCUAUAAAAAAAUUAUUACCAUUACAUAUGAAUAGAACAGAAUGUAAAUCCAAUAAACAUUCAAAUAAACGCUUAUCAUUAAUGUACAUUGAGAAAAAUAUACAAUGCGAUAGAUCUACACACCUUCCAUUCAUUUAUCAAAGUUAUUUUACUACUACUACUACUACUACUACUACUACUACUACUACUACUACUACUACUACUACUGCUACUACUGCUACUACUACUACUACUACUGCUACUACUACUACUACUACUACUGCUACUACUACUACUACUACUACUACUACUACUACUACUACUACUGCUACUACUACUACUACUACUACUACUACUACUACUACUACUACUGUAGUGAACAAGAACACAGGUGCUGGAUCAAAAGGUUUCAUUGAUUUUACUGGACGAGUUGAAAAACUACGCCGAACACAUCAACACAACAAUCAACAUUUUUAUUCUUCCAAUGAUCAUAUAUACACAACAGAUUUCUCUGUAAAUAAUGAACAUCAUUUAUUUUAUCAAAAAGGUAUCGAUUCUAAACAAAAGCAUUCAUCAUCAAUGCUUUUAUGUCCAUCUACACCAAAUAAUAACAGUAACAAUACUAAUAAUAGCAAUAAUAACAAUAAUAACAGUCUAUUUUCUCCACCUUAUAUCGAUUUAAAACGUAAUUCUUUAGGAAAUUUUUCUAAACCUAAUGAAAUUCCACCAAAUGUAACUGUUAUAUCAAGUGAAUCUAUUGGAUAUUUUAAUAAUACUACUACUGCUACUACUACUAAUAAUAAUAGUCAUCAAUAUAAUAAUCAUAAUAAUAGUAGUAUAAAUAUGAACCAUGAAAAUUCUUAUUACUCAUCACAAUCAAAUCAAAUUAAUGAUUUAGAAAGAAACGAAUUCUUUUCCAGCCUUCAUCAUCAUACUUCAAUGAAUAAUGGAUAUAAUUUUCUUAAAAAUAAUCAUUCAAAUGAAUUGAAUAAAUUUCUUUCAAAUUGGACGCAUCAAUUAACAGCACAACUAAUUCAAAAUCAAUUAACAAAUUAUUCCAUGCCAUCAAUGACACCAUCAACAAUUUCAUUAGGAUCUUCAUCAGUAUCAUCAGCAUCAGCAUCAGCAGCGACAACAACAACGACAACACAGAAUUCAUUCCGAAAUUCAAUACCACCAUCCGAGGAUGCAAUGCAUAGAUCUCAUUUGAAUUCAAUGCAAUCAUUAUCAAAUUAUACAACAAAUUUAGCUAUCUGUAUGCAACAAUAUCCUCAAUUUCUAUCCAACAUUUUAUCAUUAUUUCAUCCAUUAGAUACAUCUUGUAGAAAUUAUAGUACAACUGCGAGUUCACAAUUAAAUAGUAAUGAUAUGAAUACAACAACAACAACAACAACAAAUUAUCCAAUCAUAAAUCAUAAUCAUCAUAAAUCGACUAUAGCUAAUAAACCAAGCAACGAUUACAAUGCCUCAUGCAAUAAUAAUAAUAAUAAUAAUAAUAAUAAUAAUAAUAAUAAUAAUAAUGUGACUAUAAGUGAAACAAAUGAUUUGACUACAUCCAAAUCUAAAUUGAAUUCUGAACAACGAUCAUCUGAUUUUUCAAUUUUUGCGCUAACUAAUUUACCGCAAAAUUCAAUAUCACCAAAAUCAACAACACAUCAAUCAAAUCAGUCUUCAUCAUCAUCAUCAUCAUCACCUUCAUCACAUCCAAUGAUGAUGAAUGAAUCAUCAUUGUCUGUACAGACAAUCAUCGAUUCAGAUGAUCAAUCAGUUCAUAAACAAUCAACCAAUGAUUCAAUGAAUAAAACAUUGAUAGAGAAAAAUAAUAAACAUUAA